GAAGAUUUGUUAAAUAGACACACACCCGCUAAAAUCCUCACUCUCAGUCUCACUUCUCACUCAGAGGCCAAAGUUGCGACCUUUUGCACUACCCUUUCUUCAAUCGGUGUCUGUUGAUCAAAAAGGCAAACAACUCAUGGAAGAAGUACUCUCAUUGGAAGUGGAUUCCAAUACCCAGCAGCAGAAGAUUACUGCUGAUGUUCUUCCAUUUGCAGGAAGCUAUCAACUUGAAGCGUUGGACAAUGCUAUCCGUGAGAAUACCAUAGUGUACUUGGAGACUGGUUCUGGUAAGACUUUGAUAGCCGUCAUGCUUCUUCGCAGCUAUGCUCAUCAUCUGCGAAAGCCUUCUCCUCAAAUUUCAGUGUUCUUGGUUCCCCAAGUUGUGUUGGUCUCUCAACAAGCAGAAGCCGUGAAAAAGCACACCGAUUUAAAAGUGGGAAUGUUUUGGGGAGACAUGGGAGUUGACUUCUGGGAUGCUACUACCUGGAAACAAGAAGUAGAGAAACAUGAGGUGUUUGUCAUGACUCCUGCAAUAUUGCUGAAUUGCUUGAGGCAUAGCUUCUUGAAACUGAAUUUGAUAAAGGUUUUGAUAAUGGAUGAAUGCCAUCAUGCUAGGGGUAAACACCCUUACGCCUGCAUCAUGACUGUACUUGGAGAUAUCAUAGAGUCUCUGGCUGGAGCGAUUCUUGUUGAUUCAAGAUUCAAUAAGGAGGUUGUGUGGCAAAGCAUAAGGCCACUUUUGGAACCCCUUGUCACACCAGAAACACUGAAGCUCCAUCCCAUCCGAGAGUUGAAUGAACUGUGCCAAAAAAGAAGUUAUAAGAUUGUACUAGAGGAUGUGUCCCGCAAAGAUGGUGUGACUAAUUAUAGAAUGGAGCUAGAAGCAGAUGGGGUCAUUCACGAGUAUGAGUAUACCGGCCCUGCUCUUAGGGACACAGCCAAGAAGAUAGCCUGCAAGGAAAUUUUGAAUUCCUUGAAGGAAGAAGAAUUAUAGGGUACACUAGGGUUAGCCAGUCAUUGGAGGCUUGUAAUACUUGUUAAUAUUUUCUUUUGUCCUAGUUGUUUUGUGCAGUGGUUAUAAUAUAAAGGCUUUUAAGUAUAUUUUUAGUCCCUCAA